AUGGCCAAUAGCUGUGAAAAGGCAACCCCAGUGGAGGCCCCAAAUGGAAUUAUUAAGCCCAAAGGGAAGCACUACUACACAAUGUGGCGAACCUUGUUCGAAAUCGAUGUUCGAUACGUCCCCAUAAAGCCGAUAGGCAGAGGGGCGUACGGCGUGAAAGUGAACAACGUGUUCGGGAAUCGGGUGGACGCGCUCAGGACUCUGAGGGAGCUGAUGUUGUUGCGAUGGGUGAAGCACGAGAACGUGAUCGUUCUCAAGGAUGUGAUGGUGCCGGCCGAUUGGAGGGGUUUUAAGGACCUGUACAUGGUGUACGAGUUGAUGGACACUGACUUGCACCAGAUUAUUAAGUCCUCCCAGCCUCUGUCCAAUGAUCACUGCAAGUACUUCGUUUUUCAGCUUCUCAGGGGCUUGAAAUAUCUACACUCAGCUAACAUUCUCCACCGGGACCUAAAGCCUGGGAACCUCCUCAUCAACUCCAACUGCCAGCUCAAGAUCUGUGACUUCGGGCUGGCCCGCACUAGCCGGGCCAAUGGCCGCCUCAUGACCGAGUACGUGGUCACUCGGUGGUACCGGGCCCCUGAGCUUCUCCUCUCGUGCGACAAUUAUGGGACCUCCAUCGACGUCUGGUCCGCGGGCUGCAUCCUGGCUGAAAUCAUGGGCCGGGAGCCCAUUUUCCCGGGGAACGACUGCCUAACCCAGCUGAGGCUCAUCAUCGGCAUCCUCGGAACCCGGCCCGAGUCAGACCUCGAGUUCAUCGACAACGCCCGGGCCCAAAGGUUUGUGCGGUCACUCAAUUUUUCGGGUGGGACCCGAUUUGCGUCCCUGUACCCGCACGCAGACCCUCUAGCAGUGGACCUGCUGGAGAGGAUGCUUGUGUUUGACCCGGCGAAGAGGAUAACGGUGGAGGAGGCCCUGUGCCACCCGUACUUGUCGGGCCUUUACGACCCGGGCCGUGAUCCACCAGCCCAGCAGCGUGUGGAAGUGGAUGUGGAGGAGGGUGUUGGGGAGCAUGUUAUUAGGGAGAUGGUGUUGAGGGAGAUUCUUUACUACCAUCCUGAAGCUGCUUAUGGCUGUGGGAAUGUGUUGUAUCAAUAA